AUGGUCUCGUUUCGUCAGUCUACAGUUCUUCUUUCCUUGCUAUCCUGGAGUUUUGCGUCCAAUCCUCGACCGUAUCCACCACCGGAUGCACAUCUGCAGACGACCAGUAUCCUGAAUCAUGAGUCUUACCUCGAUGGGCUUGACGAUCACCAGUGGUAUCUCGACAACAUCCCGUUCAUCGAUGUGCCGGACAAGUCGAUGCAGGAUGUCUAUUACUACCGGGCAAGCGUCAUCAAGCGACACCUCAAGUGGGCGCACGAAGGACAUGGAUUUAUCGAGACGGAGUUCAUUCAUCCGGUCAGCUGGGCGAGCAAGUUCCAGCUCCGCUGGCUACGAGACCAGGACUAUGCGAAGAACCUGAUCGAAGCCUAUACUCGCGGCGGAAUCGAGAAACUGUCCUACAUCACGUACACUCAUUAUGUCCACCGCGGUAUCCUGGAGCAUGCGCAAGCCACAGGCGACAUCCCGUUUCUGGUAUCGCAGUUAGAUGGGAUGGUGUCCAUCUACCACCUCUGGAAUACCACACGCGACAACAGGACUGGGCUCUACCAUCGUAACCCGCUACAGGACGCUCAAGAGUACAGUCUGCCUGGCUACCUGACUGGCGGUCCAGGAGGCGGUCCCAUGCAGGAGUGGAAUGACUUUGGCCUGAGUUCGAGCAUGGGCGGCGGUAAGUAA